AUGUCGGGUUUUAUCGCUUUCCUCCUGCUCGUUAGCGGCAUGGGUGUGGGCACGCUCGUUUGCGGUCUCGCACCGCUCUCGCUGCCUUUGUCGCAUCGCAUGAUGCGCGUCCUCGAAGUGUUUGGUGCCGGCCUCCUCGUCGGGGCUGCCGUCACCGUCGUCAUCCCGGAAGGUGCAAACGCACUCUUCGCCAACGUUACACCGCAACCACCAGCACAUGCGCUGACAAGCGCCUACGCAAAUGCGCUGCAUCCCCCGACCGCGUUACCCCUCGUCGCACCGAUCAAACUCCAGCCGACGGAUGCGCAACCACCUCAGGAAUCGUGGGCGUGGUCUUUCGUAACGAAGCGAUCCGAGGAGCCAUCGGAUGAUCACGAUCACGCUCCCGAUCGUGGGCAGCACCAUGGCUCGGAACACACUUUCACAAGCUCUGACGCAGAGCAUCGUCUUGGAGGCAGCAUCCUCUUCGGCAUUGUCCUCAUGUAUGUCAUCGACCAGCUAACCUCAUCAUCAGCAGGCCCGUCUGCCGAGCAUUCGCACGACAAGGCGCACGGCAACAUGACACCUAGUCAACCUCACAAUCACAGCAACGACUAUGCGUCGACUCCUGUUCGCCCGCGUCUCGAAACGCAUCGUCUCUCCAAGUCUUUUCACCACCGACCUGACCCAACAGCGAUACCAAAUUCGCUCCACAAGGUCAGCAGCAGAGCCUCGUUUACCCUCUUUGAUCGAUCGCAGUACAUUAUUUCGCAAAACGAUGAGGAGGCGCAGGUCGGCGGCGCACCUCGCCCCGAAGAGAGCGAUCCGCAUCGACGCAUCGAAAGCGCCGCCGCAAGAUCCAGCAGUAGUGACCACGGCUUGCCCGAUGACUACGAUGACCACCACCCAGAACAUUACCACCACGCCGAUCUCAAACGCGUCUCGUCGACGAUUGGCAACAACAGCGAGUGGCACAGCUCUCCGCGCAGCAGCACCACGUUCAACCGCGAAACGCCCAUCACGGAUUUGUCGUCCACCUCGGCCGCUGCGCCCCUGCUGCAGCGCCAUGCGUCUUUCACCAGCGUCAACAGCGGUCGACCAGCGUCCAAGCGCAGGGGUUCUACUUCGUCGGCAGGCAUCGUCCAGUCCACGUUUGGACAGGCUCUUACGACAAUCCUCGGCCUGCUCAUCCACGCCUCUGCAGAUGGGAUUGCUAUGGGCGCAUCCGCACGGUCCGGAGACCAGACGCUGACCAUGGUCGUGUUCGUGGCCAUCAUGGUGCACAAGGCUCCUGCUGCGUUUGGCCUGUGCGCAAUGCUCAUGUCGCAGCGUCUGUCGCGCACGUCGAUCCGCAAAGCUGUCGCCGUGUUCGCGCUUGCUUCGCCCCUCGGUGCUGUGCUGACGUACGGUUUGCUGGCACUGUUCUUCGACGCUGAUGGUGCGAUGGCGCAUGGCAGCAGCGGCGAGGGGCAGGGAAUCGACGCCAAAAGCAUCGGCACGGCACUGGCGUUUUCCGGCGGCACAUUCCUCUUUGUCGCGUUCCACGCCGUGUUGGAGCUCGCUGGCGCCGAGGCAGAUACGGUGCCACGUCAGCUUGGUGGCGACGAAGCAGGGGAGGUGCAGAUCUUGGGUAAAUGGCUGAGGAUCGUGCUGUUGAUUGUGGGCGCUUGCACACCUCGAAUGCUGCAGGGCGUGUUGGCUACUUUUGGUGGAAGUCAUGAGCAUUGA